AUGGCGAGCCGUCACGCCAGCCGCAAGCCAUCCCUCAUCCUGGAGGAGGAAAUGCCAGGAGUGUCCAGCAACGGCUUGCUCGGGGUGAGCUUUGAACAACUGGCCAACCGGCUCAUCCACCAGCAUUUUGUCGAGGUGUCGAAUUUGGAGGCUCAACUGGAAGCCAUGAAGGAGGUGUCGAAUGUGCAGGAAGCCAGCCAAAAUAUGUCGGGGAUGUCAGGAGAUAGCCACUUCGACCAGCCGCCCAGUCCCACGCAGGAGGGGCCGAUGGGCCGACCGCGGCAGGUCUCGGUGGGAGGGAACAGCGUGGAUGACCCGAUGAAUAGCAAGAGCGCCUCGGAGAAGAUGUUGAAGUUCCGGCGCCGUGGAAGUCAGCUCUCCGCCACGAAGAUCUUGUGCGUCUUCGAAGAAGACCAGAAGAAGGAGGAAAUCGAGAAGAGGUUCGAGACCGACUUCGGAAAGUUGCUGCGUGCCAAUACAAGGUACCAGUCGGAUGUGAGCACUCCAGAUGGAUCAGAAGGGAGCAAAGAAAAGCUGACCUGCUUCGAGAAGCUCCGAGAGUGGUUGCAGUCGAAUUCCUAUGAAUUCUUCAUGGCUUUGGUGCUGUGCGUGAACGUGUUCUUCAUGGCCUUAGAGGCCCAGGUCGCCGGGCUGGAAACCGGCUUCAUCAUGAGCUACCAUUCCUACUAUGUCAGCUUAGCAGACUGGGAGCUUUGUUUUUUGAUCGCGGACGUGUUUUUUACGGCGCUCUUCGCCAUUGACGUUCUGAUCCGCAUUUGUGUGUUGAGGGGCUUGUUCUUCAUGCUUUGGAUGAACUACAUCGACGUGGCCGUCAGUAUUACCUCCGUCUUCGAGAUGAUGGUCACCAACGUCAUGACGUUGCCCUUGAACCCGGUGCUCUUCCGACUGCUGCGGAUCGGAAAGCUCUUCCGCGCCAUCCGGAUGGUGCACAUGACCAAUAUGCUGGCAUCCUUGCAUCUCUUGGUGAAAUGUCUCAUCGCCAGUUGCAACAUGCUCUUCUGGAGCUUUUGCUUGUUGACCUUCCUGCAAUGCGUGGCCGGCUUGAUCAUCGGCACCUUGUGUCGGGGAUAUCUCAGCGAUCCCACCAUCGAGCCAUCGAAGCGAGAAGAAGUCUAUAUGUACUAUGGGACAUUUACUCGGACCAUCCUGACGAUGUUUGAGAUCUUAUUCGCGAAUUGGGGCCCACCCUGCCACGUGUUGAUCGAGAACGUCAACGAAUGGUUCGCGAUUUUCUUCCUUUUCUACCGAUGCGUUCUAGGAUUCGCGGUGCUCAACGUGGUGAACGCGGUGUUUGUUCAGCAGACAAUGAAGACUGCUAGCACUGAUGAAGAGCUUGCCUUCAAGCAAAAAGAGAAGGACAUCGCUCUAUAUACGCGGAAGGUGAAGAGUCUCUUCCAGACCAUGGACCAAUCCGGUGAUGGGUCCAUUAACCUGGAGGAGUUCGCCAAGCUCGUGAAGUCGCCGAAGCUGAAGUUUUGGAUGAGCCAACUGGAGUUGGAGUACCACGAUUUGCUGAGCCUCUUUGAAUUCUUGGACAACGGAGAUGGCGAAAUUACGUUGAUGGAGUUCAUCGAAGGAGCGGCGCGGCUCAAGGGCUCUGCCAAGGCGCUGGACAUCUGGCGCCUGGAGACCAAGGUGGAGGUGCUUUUUGAGCACGUCCUGCAUCGCAUGGAGACCGAGAGGUUCGGCUUCAAAAGCCAUGAGGCGGGAAGGAUCUCGCAGAACGUCCAGGACGUUUUCAACAAAUCCGCGUUUCAGCACAUCAAGACGACCGGCUACGCACGGACGGUCAGCAACGGCCUCCGGGACAGCACUCAGCACCGGCUUCGGCCGCGGGCGACGUCGCACGGUCCAUCGGUCCCGGUGGCGGCGCCCAUUUGGAGAUCCAAUGCUUUGCGCUGGCGAGUGGAGACGUCUGCCCAAUUGGUAGGUUUGCUCCACAUGGGCCAUGCAGAACUGGAGCAAGCUUCGGUGGGAAUUCACGAAUCGUUGAGGUUCCGCGCAGCGCAAGCACAGGGACCUGUGGGAACCUCUGGGACCUGGACACGGAUGGUUCACGCACUCGGCCUGAAACGCGACGACCAAUCCAACAAACACAGGUGCGGCGCUCCUCAAGGGGUCUCGUCGCCUGGAGCGAAAGCAGAGAGUAUGGCAUAUGGCGCUCGUGGAAAGAAGUCGAAGCACUGCGGUGCAUUGACGUCGAAUCGAGGUGCCCCAGCUCGCUGGUGGAUUCUCCUCAGGAUGGGAGGCGCGAGCACUGCGGUGCUCCCAUCGGAAGAUGAUGUACCCAUCUAUGAGGCUGACUUAAGUAGCGAGGGCAGCCGAGAGGUGGAUGAGAUGGUUUGGAGCACCUCUUCGAUGUUUCUUCGAGUGGUGGACAAGUUCAACGACUUCCACGUCUCGGCCUAUUGCACCGCGGGCCACGUCCGCAUGAUGUUGCUGCACAAGUGUGGUGCCUCAGUUCCUCGUGUCGAUGGGUGGGUGCGCCAACGCCGACAGCUACAGGCUGACAGGCAUCGAAACGAAGAGGCCAUCCGUGCCUUCUUCAGUGAGAUUCAUGAGCUCUUCAUCAAAGCCAUGCUGAGUCCAUUCCAGACGCCGAACAUGCGGAUCCUGUCGCCCAUCUUUGAUCAGAAGGUGGACAGCAGAGCAGACUGGUUUGCUACACUCCUCUUGAAAUCAUUCAUGGUGGAAGUGGAUGGCACAAGUGCGCGCGGCCGGGCAGCGGUACGGGUGCCCGGUUUACGGGCUCCGCGGCAGUCUCGGUCAGAGCCAUGUGAUCGAUCACCUCGAGCACAGCAAUCGCCAAGUCCACCACGUCGCUCCGGAUCUUGCCAGAGGUACAGUGAGGACGGAGGCUUAUUCAAGGAAACAAAACUCCCGUUGGCCAAGCCGGAACUGGAUCUGCGCACCGGCCGCUACAAAGCACUCACGAACUGCUUCGAUCGUGUGAGGUUGAUUCGAUCGCGGUUUCAGUGCCACCACCGGUGCGACCUCCUGUGGAAUCUCUUCAGGUCCAGGUACCUCCUGAACUUAAUCUUCAAGGUGAACGUGCUUCCACAGGGGACAGGGUCAAUGCUGCUGAACUCAUGUCACACUUACAUUCGCCUGGCCGAGCACGAAGCGGCGAAGCCGCGGCUUAGCGGCUUCGAAGCGCUCAGGGCGGGCUGUGGAUGUGUGCAUGAAGAGGACCUUACAGGCCAAUCGGUGCUGCUCCUGCCGUGGAUUGACGUUCCGGCAGUGGUGGGUCUGAAUGAAGAGGUGCAGAGAUUCCGACGAGUUGGGAGCAGAGAGGAGCGGAGUGGUCGGGUCUGGCAGGUCCUGAUGAAGCAGGAUCCACUGGGAUCUGGGUGCUUCUCGUCGUCAGCAGUUCCAUGGGACUGGGAGGGGCGACAGCCACUGUUCACAUCCUUCCAAUCACCAUCCCGGGCUUUCCGAGCCGCGGGAGCCUUGCGGAGCGCUGAAAUCGCGCAGAGCGCAGAGCGAAGAGCGGCGCGGCCAAGCCCUGGAACUGCUCCCUGGUUCGGUGGCGAGCCCUGGAGGCCACUAGGCCACGUUCGUAGCGAUGCCCAGAGCUUCUUGUUCCUAGUAGUAAGGCCAGGAGCGCCCCGUUCGUAGCAUCUAGUAGCGUCGGAUCGCUCCUCAGGCCCUGUUUUUUUGUUCUUUUCC